CCUACGACGUUCUCGCAUUUUCGCAACACGCGCAUUUCCUUAUAUUUUUGUUAUUAUUGUCACGCCUGUCUAAAAACGCAAUUUCAAGUUCUCUGAACAAAAACCGAACGACGUGAACCGAGCAAAGUGCGACUGUUGAUAAAUCAAAACAACAUGGCGUCGCAGGACGAGAAUUCCCGUGAAAUUUAUCAAUACUACAUAAAAGUCGACCCGCCACACACGUCGCAAAACUCAGUGUCUAACAUUAGUAACAUUCUACGAUAUUCGAGCGUUGAAGAGGCGAAGCCAAUGCCAAAACAACAACAAAUGCUGUUAUCAGUUGAUCAACAACAACAAUCAUCCGAAUCACAACAUACCCGAACAAUAUUAUCGCCUCCUGUACAUAUUCCACCCUUGGAAUUGUUGCCAGCCGACGAACGUGAAAUAUCUCAGCACGAUGAUACAUUCGGAGAGGAACGAGCCUCUCCAACACCUGACCAACGUUCCAACCCAAGAAUACAAAGUCGUCGUUCAAGUGAUUAUUUCUCGCCACAAGGUAUGGACCCAGCACCAACAUUUCACAGUCCGCAUGCACAUCCUCAACAUAUCACGUCGGCAUCAUUAACAUCAAGUGCACCGUCGCACAUCGUUCGAUCAGCCCGAUCAGCAUUAGCUCGACUUAGCUACAAGGAUACAGUGCAUUAUGUUAGCGACCAAUCGGUCGAUAUUGGUCGUAAUUCGUCCACUUCUCAGGUACAUUUUUCCGUUGGAAAAAACAGUUUUGUGUCACGGAAGCAUUUGCGCAUUCUGCCGAAUGACGGAGAAUUCGAGCUUAUUUGUUUGGGCAAAAAUGGUGUGUUUGUUGACGAUGUUUUUCAGCGAAAAACUGACGAGCCAUUGAAAUUGGCAAAAAUAUGUACAUUUCGAUUUCCAAGCACAAACAUUCGUAUUCUUUUCGAAAUGGAUUGUGAAGACGAUGUGAUUUAUUCCCCGUUAAAAAUCUCAAUACCAGAAGCUGAUAACAAGAGAAGCCCGUUUCCAUCGCCUACCGGUACAAUUAGCGCAGCCAAUAGCUGUCCAACGAGUCCACGGCACAGUUUCCAGGACUAUCACUUUUACAACAACAACAACACAUUUCAAAAUGACUUAUUUCAACCACCGUCGACAGCAGCAUAUACUAACGAUCUUGAAAAACCGCCAUAUAGUUACGCUCAAUUAAUCGUACAGUCGAUAUCAUCCGCACCGGAUAGGCAACUAACUUUAUCUGGCAUUUAUUCGUUUAUUGCCAAACAAUAUCCCUUCUAUCGGCGCGAAGCCAACAAGGGAUGGCAGAAUUCCAUUCGACACAAUUUAAGUCUAAACAGGUACUUUGUGAAAGUACCACGUUCUCAGGACGAGCCGGGAAAGGGGAGUUUCUGGAGGAUUGAUCCGACUAGCGAGGUAAAGCUAAUUGAACAGAGCUAUAAAAAGCGUCGGCAACGUGGUAGUCAAUGCUUUCGAACGCCAUUUGGUAUGCCUAGAUCUGCACCUGUGUCUCCGUCCAGUCAUAUUGAUCAUUCGCGAGACAAUUCUCCAUUGCACGAUGUCGUCUUACAAUCUGCACCAGGAUCACCACGUGGUUCCUACCACAACCACCGUGAUUCGCAUGCAUUACAAGACAUAGAGUUGCAAUCAGCCCCUUCGUCUCCAUCAUCGUCAACCGUUCACCCGUACAAUGUACUGCAUGAGGUCAUUCAGUCGAAUUCUAAUUCAUCUCCGAGUGGUUACCGUGAAGAUCAAAAACUGAUUAUCGAGUCUGUUACGCAGAGCAGAGCUCCGAUACCAUCGUGGAGACCGAACUAUGACCCGUCGACGGGCAACAAGCAAAUCACCAUUAUAACCAGUGGAGUGCGAACAUCCCCGAUCAUAAAGCGUCCGCACGACGACGACAAUGAUUUCACGGAUGAGCAGGAUAUGGAAGACGACGAUACCGGUGAAUUUGAUUCGCCUGUUAAGCGUUUGAAGUUCAACUGAAUAUAUCCUUUUGAUAAGGAUAUUCAGCGUCGGCCAUCCGUUCGAUAAAAAACAACAAAUUUUUUUUCAACGAAAAAUUGUUCGUUUAGUCGUUGUUUAAAAUGAAGACAAAAAACAACAACUGACCGACUGCAGUUAUUUGGAGUUUUUGUGAAAGGAAUACAAAAGAGACACAAUUGCAGUACAAAUUAAAGCAUUUUGUGUGUUUAAAUUUCGUUAAUUUAUCCAAAAGAAAGAAAUAAAUAGAAUUGCAUGUAUGUACAGUUGAAAA